CUAUUGUUUUCUUUUUCUUUUCCAUGUUCUUUGAUUCGAGUGAUUGUGUUUUGCAUGAUCCGUGAUAAUAUUCUCUUGUAUAUUUGUUUCUUGAAUAUUGGGCUGUUUUUGCAUGUCUGUUUUGUGAUGUACUUGUCGUCUUAUUUGAUUAUGUGUUUAGAGGAGCUUAAGGUUUGUUUGAUUCUGCAACCUUAGUGUUGUUUUCUGAGGUGAAAGAUCCCCGUUUUUUUCUUGCUGAUGCGGUCUUUGUUCUUGUUUUGUAAUGAAAAAUUCUUGAUUAUGUUGUCCUCAUGUUAUUUGCUUUGGUUAAUUAAUUAAAAUGUCUAGUUUUGUUGCUGACUUGUGGUUGAUUAUUUUCUGAAGAUCUUUUCUUAUAAUGGAGACGAGAUUAACUAUAAGAAAUCAUCGUUGUCUAAAGUCCCUUUCAUAUCAUAAUCCCUUCAAUUAAAAAGGGUCUCUUUCAUUUUACAAAAUCCUGUGUGUUUUUGUACUUGUUUAAACUACACACUUGUCAUUAACAACAAUUUUUUCUUCUUCUGUAAAUAGCGUUGAUAAUUGAGUUGCAUGUUCAUGUAACUCGUAAUUUGUUUUAGCUUGUUGAUCGCACUGUAUAAUCUAAUUAAAUUGCGUCGUUUUGUCUUUUGAUGUCAACUAAUUUAUUUAUUUUUUGAUCAAUUGAUGUCAACUAAUUAAAUAGGUGAAAGAUGGGUGUGCACUCGGUUACUUCACUCGUUGUGUCCUUCUUGUUAUUUUUCUCCGCUUCUUCUGAGAGCAAUGACGGAACAUUAAGAGUUGGCCUGAAAAAACUGAAGUUGGAUCCUAACAAUCGACUUGCCACACGCUUCGGUUCCAAGCAAGAAAAAGCCUUUCGUUCUUCCUUAAAAGAGUUCCGUUCAAACGACAAGAAUGCUGGAGAUGCUGACAUCGUCGCGUUGAAGAAUUACUUGGAUGCUCAGUACUAUGGUGAGAUUGCUAUCGGUACUCCACCACAGAAGUUCACAGUGAUUUUCGACACGGGGAGCUCUAACCUUUGGGUACCAUCAGGGAAAUGUUAUUUCUCGCUGUCUUGUUUCUUUCAUUCCAAGUACAAGUCCUCGCGGUCAAGCACUUACAAGGAGAGUGGAAAACGUGCAGCAAUCCAUUACGGCUCUGGAUCCAUCGCUGGUUUCUUCAGUUAUGAUGCUGUCACGGUUGGUGACUUAGUUGUCAAAACUCAGGAGUUUAUUGAGGCAACCAGUGAGCCUGGUUUAACUUUCUUGGUGGCUAAGUUUGAUGGUCUUCUUGGUCUUGGAUUCCAAGAGAUAUCUGUUGGAAACGCCACUCCUGUUUGGUACAAUAUGCUCAAGCAAGGUCUUAUCAAGAAACCAGUGUUUUCAUUUUGGCUUAACCGUGACACAAAGAGUGAAGAAGGCGGUGAACUUGUAUUUGGCGGUGUUGAUCCAAAGCACUUUAAGGGAGAACACACAUAUGUUCCUGUUACACGAAGGGGUUACUGGCAGUUUGAUAUGGGUGAGGUUCUCAUUGCCGGCAAAUCUACUGGAUACUGUGAAAAUGGUUGUUCUGCAAUAGCAGAUUCUGGAACAUCGUUACUUGCAGGGCCAACAGCUGUGAUUGCCAUGAUAAAUAAAGCUAUAGGAGCAUCUGGAGUUGUUAGCCAGCAAUGCAAAACUGUUGUUGAUCAGUAUGGACAAUCCAUUUUGGAUUUACUUUUGGCUAAGGCUCAACCAAAGCAUAUCUGCUCACAGAUUGGUCUUUGCACAUUCGAUGGCACCCAUGGGGUCAGUAUGGGGAUUGAGUCAGUGGUGGACAAGGAAAGCACAAAAUCAUCUAGUGGUCUCCGAGAUGCUGGUUGUGCUCCAUGUGAAAUGGCAGUUGUGUGGAUACAGAGCCAGUUAAUGCAGAACAUGACUCAAAAGCGUAUAGUGAACUACAUUAAUGAUAUAUGCGAACGCAUGCCGAGUCCUAAUGGAGAGUCUGCAGUUGACUGCUCACAACUCUGUAAAAUGCCUACUGUUUCAUUCACCAUUGGAGGCAAAGUCUUUGAUCUUGCUCCAGAAGAGUACGUACUGAAGAUUGGAGAAGGACCAGUGGCACAAUGCAUCAGUGGAUUUACCGCGCUUGACUUGCCUCCACCUCGUGGACCUCUCUGGAUACUGGGAGAUGUGUUUAUGGGGAGAUACCACACUGUCUUUCACUUUGGCAACGAGCAGGUUGGCUUCGCAGAAGCUGCGUAAACAAAUAACAAACUCGGUUCGGUUUCUUUUGUUAUGUGUUUGUGUGAAAGCUUUUGUUGUGUGUUGUGAUGUGAAACCUCUAUGCACUUGCCGACUUGUGUUAAACUAUCUCCCUUCUCAUCUGACUUGUGUUAAACUCUGUUUCUGUAAAUAUUUUGUUGUGUGUUGUGAUGUGAAACCUAUUUGCACUUGUUGACUUGAGUUAAACUCUCUCCCUUCUCA